GUAGUGACAUCUUGUGGCAGUUUUUAUAACUUGCAAACUAUGAAGUCAUGUAAAGUGAAGUAACUAAAAUGGUUACACUUUUUGAUAAUUAUGAACAGCAAUAUUCAGUUUUAACAGCCGAUAUCACGGCACAAAUCGGUUCUUUGGCAGCUUCAAAUACUAAAGAUCGUAGGCAGCUAAUAAGUAACAUAGAAAAACAUGUUGAAGAAGCACAAGAAUUGCUGGAACAAAUGGAUUUGGAGGUUAGGGAAAUUGAGGCGCCAAAGAGAACUAGAUGCAGAACGAAACUAGAUUGCUAUCGAGCCGAACUCAAGCGGCUGACAUUGGAAUAUAUAAAGGCAAGGUCGAUCAAACAGGGAUCUUUGGGUUAUGACAGUACAGAUCCCGACGAUAUCUAUGAUGCGCGAAUUUCAAACAAUCAGAAGCAGAGGCUUCUCGAUAAUACGGAAAGAUUAGAGAGAAGCGGAAAAAAAUUGGAGGAAGGUUAUAAGAUAUUGGUUGAGACUGAACAAACUGGUAGCCAGAUCUUACAGAAUCUUGGUGAACAAAGAGAAACUAUUCAAAAGUCAAGAAAUAGGUUAAGAGAAACAGAUGAAGAAUUGAGCAGAGCUUCAAGAAUAUUGAAUGCUAUGGUCAUGAGAUCGCUGCAGCAAAAGUUUAUCUUGUUUAUUGUUGGUGCCUGUAUGUUUAUCGCUCUGUGUAUAGGGAUAUAUCUGGGAUUCAAAAAUUGAUCCUAAAAGUAGUAUUUAUUGAACAAAUUAAAUGGUAUUAUAUUGUUAUUUUAUGCACUGCCUGUUGAUUUUAUAUUUGUACAUUCCUGAAUUGUUAAUUUGAAGUGCAAGUCAUUUAUCAUUAGUAUUAGGAACCAUAGUACAAAAAUGCCUUUAAAUCUUUCAGCUCAUUGUUUUUUUUUAUGGUAAAAUAUAUGAAUUUAUAUUUCCAAA